AUGCGCCGCCGACAGAGCAUGCAGGUGCUCGAGCUCGAGUCGCGCGUCGAACAGCUGCUUGCUGAGAACCGCAUGCUCACCGAAGCCCGUGCCCAGGCCGAGCUGUCAUCGAGCCACCGCAAUGCCAGCGCCCUGGCCGAGCGCGACUCCGAGAUCGAGUCGCUUAAGCGCAUGUUGCACGAGGCAAACGAGGUCAUUGAGCGGUUGAAGCAGACAAACGAGGGCCUGCGCAGCUCCACCUCGGCCAUCGCCGUCAAACACCGCGAGGAGGUCACCCGUCUCGAGACCGAAAACGCCCGCACCGCCAAGGAGUUGCAACUAGCCCGCGACGCCGCUGCCCAGCAAGCCCGUACCGUGCAAGACAAGGACGCCGAGAUAGCCCAGCUGGUUGCCCAGCUCGAGUCGACCAAGGACCAGAUCCGCGAGCUGCAGCAACGAAUCCUCGAACAGGCCAAGCCGUCCGACGACGCCGACUUCCUCGAGCUGCACGAUAUCGACUACUUUGACCACCGCUGCCAGCAGCUGUGCGCCCACGUGCAGCAAUGGGUUCUGCGCUUCUCCAAGUUCAGCGACAUGCGCGCCUGCCGGCUGACGUCGGAGCUCAGCGACGAGAAGCUCAUUGACCGCCUCGACAACGCCGUGCUCGACGGCACCAACGUCGACACGUACCUCAACGACCGCGUGCGCCGCCGCGACAUCUUCAUGAGCAUGACCAUGACCAUGAUCUGGGAGUUUGUCUUUACGCGCUACCUCUUCGGCAUGGACCGCGAGCAGCGCCAGAAGCUCAAGCAGCUCGAGAAGCAGCUGCUCGAGGUCGGCCCGCCCCACGCGGUCCGCCAGUGGCGCGCCGUGACCCUGACCUUGCUUUCGCGCCGCCCGUCAUUCAAGAAGCAGCGCGACCAGGACACCGAGGCCGUCGUGCAGGCCAUCAUGGACACGCUCGCCAAGAUCCUGCCUCCGCCCUCCAACCUCGAGGAGCAAAUCACCACCCAGCUCCGCCGCGUGGUCCGCGAGGCCGUCGCCCUGGCCAUCGAAAUGCGCUGCCAGCGCGCAGAGUACAUGAUGCUCCCGCCGCUGCAGCCCGAGUACGACGACACGGGCGAGCUGACCGAGACGGUCGCCUUCAACGCCGCCCUCAUGAACGAGGCCAACAAAGGCCAGGGCGGCAUGACCAAUGAGGAGCUCGAGGCGGCCAACGCGACCGUCCGCAUCGUGCUGUUCCCGCUAGUCCUGCGCAAGGGUGAUGAUGCGGGCAGAGGGGAAGAUGAGAUCGUGGUUACCCCGGCCCAGGUGCUCGUGGCGAAUUCUGGUGGUGGUGGUGGGCGGCAUCAUCAUCAUCAUAGCAGCAGGCCGAGCAGUAGUGGUAUGGGGGAUAGCAAAGGGAAGGGGGCUGUGAGGAUGCCCACGCCCAGCUCUGACGCGGGCGGUGUUAGUUUGCUGGCGAGGAGUAACCUUACCGCUGCCACCACGGGUACUACUACUGCCGCCGCUGGACAGCAGCUGGACAGGAGUGCUGGUGCUGGUGCUGGUGCGGAUCCCCGCAAUAUUCAGGGCGCGCAGAGUGACCUUAGCAUGGCUGAGGCUGGUGGGUAUCUUUGA